CUUUCAGAAGAAAACAGAACACUUCCUGACUGUCCUUUCACGUGUUUCUGUGAUAUUUAUUGUAUAACACCUUGAUACGGAGUAUAUCAUGUUGAACGACAGUGAUUACGAAAAUGAGGAAUUUAAACUCUUCCUUAGUGUGCAUACCCCUGCGUUAAAGGGAUCAAACAUUCCUCCGAUAUAUUGGAGAAGUCUGCAUAUGAAACUUGCUAAUGAGGUGUUUGAUGCUGGGGACGUUUUUGGCAUUAUGCAAGUUGAGGAGGCGGAGGAAGAAGAAGAGAAUUCCGAACAAGAGCAUGGUAAAAAAUCCAACCCUGUUGAUGAAAUAGUUUACAAAGUAAUCGUCACCAGUGAGAGUGGCCUGCAAGUCUCUGAUCCCACCAGUGUUUUCCUGGUGGACCAUGCGUGGACCUAUCGAGUGGAGAGUGCCAGGCAGCAGCUGGAACAAGUCCCCGGCCUGCUGGGACGAAUGGCCAGCCUGAUGGGCCUGGACUUCCACGGGGAGGCUCCCGACCCCGACACAGUGGACCAGGUGCUGGAGGACAUGUGGAAGUACAACCAGACAUAUCAUCUGUCCCAGGGGUCUGCAGAGGAGAAGGUUCCGGUGUGGUACAUCAUGGAUGAGUUUGGCUCUCAGGUGCAGCACUCAAACCAGCCCACAUGCUGCAUGGCACCCUUCUUCUAUAGCCCCCAGCAGAUCGCCUACACAGUGCUGUGGCCCUUACAAGACCUGGAGAAUGGAGGUGAGGUAACACGUGACUAUGCCUACGGAGAGACUAAUAACUUUGUCCGUGAGUGUCGGUUGUUGCCCUGGGUAGCAUCAGACCUGGAGGGUGUUGGCACCCACACACCUGAACCACCAAAUGUUUAUUUUGAGGCCAUUUUUGCAGGAAAUAAAGAAACCCUUCCUCUGGCCAUUGAACCCUGCAGUGUACCAGAAGGCAAAGUACUGAAGGUCUACACAGAGAUGAAGCAAGUGAAGGAUAAUCUCACACACCCUCGAUUCCUGCUGGUAGAGACUGAGGAGGAGGCAGACGUGCUCUGGAUGUUCAACCAUUUCAGAGACUACCGCAAGCUGAGUGAAGAGAGGCCUCUCGUCCUUCUAAACCAGUUCCCGUGUGAGGUGGUGGUCACCACAAAGGACUGUCUGGCAUCAGUUUCACGCCGUGCUCACGAGGGUCAGGCUGCCCCAUGGAUCCCUAUGACCUUUAACCUCCAGACAGAGUUGCCUCAGUUCAUCAAGCACUACCAGCAGAGGAAGGAGAGGGGAGAGGACAACCAUUGGAUCUGCAAGCCCUGGAAUCUGGCCCGUGGACUAGACACACACAUAACCAGCAACCUCAACUACAUCAUUAGGCAGAGAGAGAGCACCCCCAAGGUGGUCUGUAAGUAUUUGGAGGAUCCAGUGUUGUUUGACAGAGAGGAUAUUGGUUUGGUGAAGAUGGAUAUUCGCUACAUGGUGCUGCUGCGGUCUGCCAGCCCCCUCCGUCUCUAUGCCUACGACGUCUUCUGGCUCCGCUUUGCCAACAAACCGUUCUCCCUCGACACCUUUGAUGACUAUCAGAAGCACUUCACAGUAAUGAACUAUGCCGAGGGAGUUGUGCUGAAACAGGUUCAUUAUGAUGAGUUCAUUCCCAUGUUUGAAAAGCAGUACCCACAGUAUCCCUGGAAAGAAGUUGAGGCAGAUAUCUUUACUGCCUUUGGGGAGCUGUUCCAGGCUGCUACCUCCCAGCCCGCCCCCCAUGGCAUAGGUGCCUACCCCUCCUCCAGAGCCAUCUACGCCAUUGACCUGAUGCUGAAGUGGGAGAAAACUGAACAAGGUGAGCGCAUAAUGAGACCACAGAUCCUGGAGGUCAACUUUAGUCCUGACUGUGAGCGUGCGUGCAAGUACCACCCACAGUUCUACAACCACAUGUUCCAGACGCUCUUCCUGGACAACGCAGAGGACUGCCCCGUCACUCAGAUCUUAUAACUAUUUCUGUCAUCGUGAAAAAUAAACUGUUCUCUACAACCCACAA